AUGAUCUCGAGAUCCGCCGUCUCAAGGGCAGGCCAGCUUGCCCUCCGGCGGCAGUCGUGCGCCCAGGCGCAGAGCCGCGGCUUCGCUGCUGCUGCUUCGUCGUCUGGCGCCUUCGAGCCGACCGAGGUGUCCGGCGUCUCCGUCGUGUCCAAGGAUGCCCAGGGCCCGUCCACGAAGCUCGCCAUCGUCGCCAAGGCCGGUACCCGUUACCAGCCGGCCCCCGGUCUGACCGCGGGUCUUGAGGGAUUUUCUUUCAAGAACACCCUGAAGCGCUCCGCCCUCCGCAUCACCCGCGAGACCGAGCUCCUCGGCGGCGAAUUGACGUCUUACCACACCCGUGAGGCCGUUGUCCUCGAGGCCAACUUCCUCCGCGAGCACCUGCCGUACUUCACCGAGCUUCUGGCCGAGGUUGUUGCCGAGACCAAGUUCACUGAGCACGAACUGGCUGAGGAGAUCGAGCCCGUCCUGCACCUGAAGCAGGCCAAGUACUCGGCCGACAGCCUGGCCGCCGCCCUGGACGCUGCCCAUGCCGUUGCCUUCCACACUGGCCUGGGUGAGGCCCUGAGCCCCUCGACGACUACGCCGCUCAGCAGCUACCUCAGCCACACCGGUGUUUCCCAGUUCGCCAGCUCCGCCUACUCCCGCUCCAACUUCGCCCUGGUCGCCGACGGCGCCACCCAGGUUGCCCUGAGCAAGUGGGUUGAUCAGUUCUUCAAGAAGUCCACCGGCUCCGGCAGCGCACUCACCAGCGCCGCGUCCAAGUACUACGGCGGCCAGCAGCGCAUCGAGUCUGCCUCGGGCAACGCUAUCGUUAUUGCCUUCCCGACCAACGGCCUGAACGCCCCCGACGCCACCGUCGAGGUCCUGACGUCCCUGCUCGGCGGCGAGUCCAGCGUCAAAUGGUCCCCCGGCUUCACCCUGCUGUCCAAGGCCUCUGCCGGCGUCCACGGCGCCAACGCUGUGGCUCGUAACCUUUCGUACUCGGACGCUGGCUUGCUGACCGUCCAGGUCACUGGCCAGUCUGCCGGUGCUGUGCGGGCGGCCGCCGAUGUGGCCGUCAAGGCCCUCAAGAGCGUCGCUUCUGGCUCGGUCUCCAAAGAGGAUGUUGCCAAGGCUAUUGCCAAGGCCCGUUUCGAUGCCCUGACCGCCCAGGAGCCCGCCAGCGCCGCCAUCACGGCCGCCGGUACGGCCGUCCUUCACGGCCUGAAGACCUUCCAGCCGGCCGAUGCCAGCAAGGCCUAUGCCGGCGUCACGGCUGAGAAGCUGACGACUCUGGCUAAGAAGCUUGUUAGCGGCAAGGCGUCCUUUGCCGCUGUCGGUGACCUGCAUGUCCUCCCCUUCGCGGAGGAUGUCGGCCUGACAGUGUAA